AUGACCAACGGUUCAACCUGGUCUUUGAUGGAUUUGACGCAACCUUCCAUCAUACCUCGUACCUCUUCGUCUUCGCCAUCAAUGAUAUCGCCGACCACCAUGGAAGAAGGUUGGACAGGCACUCUGACACCAUCUGCCAUUGUUCAGGUCGCUCUCAUGUCCAUCAUCCUCGCCAUCGCUCUCCUAGGCAACAUUUGUCUCAUUCUCAUCAUCAUCACCGACGUUCGUCUUCGGACAGUCCACAAUAAGAUGGUCAUCAACCUGGCGGCCUGUGGUCUCUUUACAGUGGUCGCCAAUGGUCCUUUCAUCAUCUCGACCCUCGCUAAAGAAAAAUGGAUAUAUGGUGAUGUCUGGUGUCAGUUCAAUGGGUUCACCACGUCUGUUUAUGGCCUUGCUGUGGUCCUAACAUUGGCAAUGAUAUCCAUUAAUCGAUAUCAGAUCAUUGGACCUGUCACACCACGACGUACACCAUGGAUCACUGAGAAAAGAAUUAUUUUCGCUAUCACAGCAUGUAUAAGGCCUCCUAUCCCGGUGAGAUUAAUCUUAAUCUCACAUGACUUUGUGACUUGA